GGGUCGGAUCGGUUUGGGCUUUUUUUUUGUGCGUGUCAGCCUUAGUUUUCGGAGGGAAAGUGGAACUUUUAGAGUGGAAUUUUGGGGGUGACAGUUGCGAAAUUUGAAGCUUUGCGCGCGGAAAAUUGGCAAACUGUAGAGUGAGGACAAAUUGAGCAGCAUUUUGGAAAAGUGGUUGAAUUGGAUAAUGAGAGUCAUAUAACGGAAAAGUUAUUUAUCAAACAUGAAGAUUAGUUGCAAAAGUAAAAUAAUAUAAACUAUAUUGAGUGAAAUUCUUCAUAUUGGAGCAGGAUUAGUUGAAAUAGCUGGAAUACAAGAAAAGAUAAACCCUCAACAAUGACGCCCCAUCUCCGGUUGGCGCCAACGAUCUGCCUGUUGGCAGCACUCGCCCUAACCCUCACCUCCUCCAUGCACAUCCCCGAGGACAUGGAGAUACUCGAGGGGUACGACCUGGAGUCCGCCGGCACGGAAAUCAACCCCGAAGACGAUUUCUACGAGCAGCGCAGUCUGCUGGAACCGUUUUACUACCGGGCGAUCCGCGACAAACGGGACGCCCCACCGUACCAGGUGUUGGAAUCACCGGGCUUGAGGAGUCACUUCCGCCAGCGGAUGCCGGAUGUGGAAGUUUCCAGGAAGCGAAGCAGAAGGAGUAGCGGCGACGGUGGGGAGGAGGAGAAAGGAACGGUAACGGAACCGCCGAAGCCGACCGAGGAGUUGCCCAAGCCGGAACAGCAACGGAUGAACCAACGGACGGUGGAGGCCUGGGUCAAGACGCCGUAUCAGGUGCAGAAGCCGACUCCGAGCCAGCAAGAGGAGAUGGAUUCUGAAGCGGAAGCUUCAAUGAUGAGCGAAGGUAUCAAGGCACGUGCUCCGCGCGUCAACUUCAUCACCCAGCGUAGACCAAAUGAACCGGAAACGCGCGAGGACAAGGACAAGGUCGUUCCGGAGUUGUACCGUAAGCCGCUGGCCAGGUUGUUCUACGAAUACCCUGCGGCACCUCGCGUGUACGAUUCCUUCUCCGCCCAGUCCCAAUCGCCAAUGUUCCCCAAGAUCUACAACAAGUACGACGAGUACCAUCGGGACAUGAUGGAUCGGAUGCAUCCUCCGUCCCCGCACCGUUUCGACGCCUAUUACCAACGUCGGUACGACCAAGCCGACUACGACAAUUACUUCCCACGCUACACCUUCCCCAGUUACUACUACUAUCCGGACAAGCGGUUCGACGUGCCCUCGUACUACCGCGGCGAUCGCAACUACCUGCUCUCCAACGACGUCAUGGACGUCCCGAACGUUCCACCCCCGGUCUACAUCCCGUCCCGCAACCGCCGGAUCAUCUACUACGCGACCCUUCCGGAAAUAGUCCGAACGCCCCCGAACGUAGACCUGCGCUAUCGACCGUACCAGAACAAGUUCGCCAACCGGUACGAUCCAAACUUCCCUACGAAGGGACCGCUGGGAGGGGCGUACAAAUCGUCUACCGUAAAUCCGCUUUCCGCGGGUGGAAAUAAAGACGACAAGUACGUGAGUUCAACGCCGAUCAAGAUCGUGCGGGAUCUCGGCGUUCAGCAGGACAACCCGGGGCAGAACAACAACAACGGAGGAGCCGGAGGUGGUAGCAAUGGGAAUGGUGCAGCGGGUCGGCGACAAUACUCGGUCAAGAUGGGAGGACGACCCAACGGAGGGUACCAGGACCAGGGUGGUCACUACGAGCAGGAUCGGUCCUACUAUGGAAGGCAUCUUUGAAGGGGAGCUGGGAUGUUCUAGAGUAGAGAGAGAGUGUGUACUUUUGUAGUAGAAGUAGGACCAUUUGUAGAUGUAGAGUUUAUGUGGUAGAGCUGUAGAUCGGUUGUGACUUUUGUACGAAACUUAAAUAUUUAAUAUGAGUAUUUUUAAAUAAAGAUCACGUUUUCUACCAACAAUUAAA